GGAUAUGCGAUUAAAGAUUUAGGAUGUGUAGUUAAAUUAUAUUAAAUUACAGAGUUAUAUUGCCAAAGUAAACGGUAUACAAGCAACGAGAGCCCCGACGACUACGCAGUUUUUGGGAGAGUAGAGUGCAUUCUAGUGCAAGAAGUGAAAAAUACACGCGCGCGUACAGCAAAACGCACACUCUGUAAACAGGCUAACCACCAUCCCCGCAGCAGCCGACGAGUCAGCAAUUUGUGCCACACACACAAAAAGAACAACCAGCAGGCAGAAGCAGCAGCAGCAGCCACAGCCAGCAUUAACAACAACAUCAUCAUCACAUUUGUAGCUUCCAUCAGAAAAUGAAUCGCACGGAUGGCUUGGUCAGGCGCACCGUGAAGUACCGCGAGAACGGUGCGGAGGGUGCUGCUGGUGGCUUGAAUGCCAAUACACCAGACGACAAUCAAGAUCCAAAUGACAGCGGCAAGGAUCAGGAGGAUAACAUCGACGAUGGUGACUCCAAGGAGACGCGGCUAACGCUUAUGGAGGAGGUCCUGCUAUUGGGUCUCAAGGAUAAAGAGGGUUACACAUCGUUCUGGAAUGACUGCAUAUCAAGCGGAUUGCGGGGCUGCAUUCUCAUAGAACUUGGCAUCCGAGGACGUGUGAUGAUUGAAAAGUCUGGCAUGCGGCGACGUGGCCUAUGUACAAGAAAAUUGAUACUGAAAUCUGAUCAGGCGACGGGUGAUGUUCUUUUGGAUGAGGCGUUGAAACACAUUAAGGAAACAGAUCCACCAGAGACGGUCCAGAGUUGGAUUGAAUAUCUCAGUGGUGAAACUUGGAAUCCAUUGAAAUUACGCUACCAGCUAAAGAAUGUACGCGAACGUCUGGCCAAGAACCUGGUGGAGAAGGGUGUUCUGACAACGGAAAAGCAAAACUUUCUGCUAUUCGAUAUGACGACACAUCCGCUCAACGAUAAUGUUGUUAAAUGUCGUCUGGUUAAGAAGAUACAAGAUUCAGUGUUGUCUAAAUGGGUGAAUGAUCCACAGCGCAUGGAUAAGCGUAUGCUGGCGCUAAUCUUUCUGGCGCAUGCCAGCGAUGUCAUUGAGAAUGCCUUUGCGCCGCUCAACGAUGAUGACUACGAGGUGGCCAUGAAGCGUGUACGAGAGCUGUUGGAUCUUGAUUUUGAAACGGAGGCGGCCAAGCCGAAUGCGAAUGAGAUACUUUGGGCGGUCUUUAUGGCGUUUACGAAAUAGGAUGUGGGACAUCACUCCUCUCAACAGCACACACACACACACAAGAAAAACACAGACCCACACACACACACAGAUCUGGAAUACAUUUUGCUGCUUUUUGUUUAAGAAACGAAACUUUUGCUGUGACUGGGACUCCUCCAUUCAGUUUCAAUCAAUAUCAAUAUAUAUGUUAAACUUUAAGCAACCCCCCAGAAGAAGAGCAGCCAUAAAAGAUAUACCAUCUAUAUAUAAACGAUAUAAAGAAGCUGCAAAAUUCGAAACAGUAUCCAAUCAACAGAUCCUUUCACCUUUCGGUUAAAUAUUUCUUUUACGUAUUCAACAAUUAUUCCGAAUAAACGAAACGAUAUGCUAGCCAAUAGUUGAAGUUCUUUUCUAAACAAAAAACAAAAACCACAAAAAUAUUUAAUAAGCUGUGUUCCAGAGUAUGUGACUUGAGUAUAAAUCGAAACAGAAAAAAAAAUCAGUUAACUUUUGAGGUGUAGCUCGGGAGAGAGAGAUUGACGAGAGUGCAGGAGGUCGAAGCAGAUCGCAAGAGAUAGGAGCUAUGGCAAUGUUUUUGUAAUUAUAAACUGUAACACCUAAUUGUAAGUGCCGUGCAAAACUCUACAGCCCCCACCCCCGCCCCGUGCAAAUCUAUAUUUUUGUCUGACGAUCCUACUAUAUCCUACAAAUACCAUACAUACUUUAUAUAUAUACAUAUUUUUUAAUGUCCCCCCAAAAUUGUGUGUGUUGUUUAUUAUCAAUUUAAUUUGUGAUUGCCAGGCGGAGUAUCAGUUCAAAACGUUUAUCAAAUUCCGCACUUUCGCUUUUUGUUUAAAUUGAAAUAUAAGUACAGCUACACACAAAAGUAUAUGUGCACCUGCCCCAGACACACACACACAGAAAAACAGACAGACAGAAACACUCGCAGAGACAUUCAUCUUAGGAAACCUUUUUAUUUUAUUUUAAAUUGUUAUUGAAUUUCGGGAACAUUGAAAUUGAUGAAAGUUAAAAAAAAACAUUUUCUAAAUGCUAAAGAGAAAACCUUUUCUAAAUGUU